GUUUGAGUAAGAGAUAAGGAAGAGAGGUGCCCCGAGCCGUGCGAGUCCGCCGCUGCUGCUGCGCCUCCGCUCCGCCAACUCCGCCGGCUUAAAUCGGACUGCCAGAUCUGCGAGAGCGCGGCGCAGCCGGACAGCGGUUUCCCCCAAUCUUGGCAACCCCGGGGGCCACUAUUUGCCACCUAGCCACAGCACCAGCAUCCUCUCUGUGGGCUGUUCACCAGUAGUCCAACCACCAUUUCACUGUGGACAUUACUCCCUCUUACAGAUAUGGGAGACAUGGGCGAUCCACCAAAAAAAAAACGUCUGAUUUCCCUGUGUGUUGGUUGCGGCAAUCAAAUUCACGACCAGUAUAUUCUGAGGGUUUCUCCGGAUUUGGAGUGGCAUGCGGCAUGUUUGAAAUGUGCGGAGUGUAAUCAGUAUUUGGACGAAAGCUGUACGUGCUUUGUUAGGGAUGGGAAAACCUACUGUAAAAGAGAUUAUAUCAGGUUGUACGGGAUCAAAUGCGCCAAGUGCAACAUAGGCUUCAGCAAGAACGACUUCGUGAUGCGCGCCCGUUCUAAGGUGUACCACAUCGAGUGUUUCCGCUGUGUAGCCUGCAGCCGACAGCUCAUCCCGGGAGACGAAUUCGCCCUGCGGGAGGAUGGGCUUUUCUGCCGCGCAGACCACGAUGUGGUGGAGAGAGCCAGCCUGGGAGCUGGAGACCCUCUCAGUCCCUUGCAUCCAGCACGGCCUCUGCAAAUGGCAGCCGAACCCAUCUCUGCUAGGCAGCCAGCUCUGCGGCCGCACGUCCACAAGCAGCCAGAGAAGACCACCCGAGUGCGGACUGUGCUCAACGAGAAGCAGCUGCACACCUUGCGGACCUGUUACGCCGCCAACCCUCGGCCAGAUGCGCUCAUGAAGGAGCAACUAGUGGAGAUGACCGGCCUCAGUCCCCGAGUCAUCCGAGUGUGGUUUCAAAACAAGCGCUGCAAGGACAAGAAACGCAGCAUCAUGAUGAAGCAGCUCCAGCAGCAGCAACCCAAUGACAAAACUAAUAUCCAGGGGAUGACAGGAACUCCCAUGGUGGCUGCUAGUCCGGAGAGACAUGACGGUGGUUUACAGGCUAACCCAGUAGAGGUGCAAAGUUACCAGCCGCCCUGGAAAGUACUGAGUGACUUCGCCUUGCAAAGUGACAUAGAUCAGCCUGCAUUUCAGCAACUGACACGACUGAAGCCCCUUUUGCUUACUUUUCAACCUUCCAUACAGGUCAAUUUUUCAGAAGGAGGACCCGGCUCUAAUUCCACUGGCAGUGAAGUAGCAUCGAUGUCCUCUCAGCUCCCAGACACACCCAACAGCAUGGUAGCCAGUCCUAUCGAGGCAUGAGGAACAUUCAUUCAGAUGUUUCGUUUUCUUUUGUUUUGUUUUUUUUUCCCCUGUUGGAGAAAGUGGGAAAUGACGUUGAACUCCGAAAUAAAAAAGUAUUUAAUGACCCAGUCAAUGGAAACUGAAUCAAGAAACAAACGCUCCAGGAAGCGCACGAAGUCUGUUCUAAUGACAAGGUGAUAUGGUAGCUACACUGUGAAGACAAUCAUGGGAUUUUACUAGAAUAAAAAACAAACAAACAAACAAAACCCUAAACCCAACAUAUGAUAUUCAAUGACC